GACCCGUCAAGAUGACCCCCCUCACCCCACAACCCACCGACCUGUAUUCCAGAUAUAUCCUAGCGUCAGGUUAUGUAAACACACCUCUUCCAUUGUCGGCGUACACAAGCACACCUCUCCCAGCACCAUAUGUGAGCGGAUCACAAUCAUACCCCCCUUCCAUGAUGGACAUACUACAGCACUUCCAAGAUGAAAAUCAGAAGCUGCAGCUGGAGAUGAGGAAUAUGAGGCAUCACAUAGACAGUAGAGGCUUGUUUUCUACACCAAUCAGCCUAAACACAGCACCUCUUCAACGUCCACAAGUUAUUCCACGCUAUUAUGCAAAGCAAGCCAAGGAGCCGCCACCACCAACCCCCGUACGGCCCAUCACGCCAUACCAGGUGAGGGAACACUACCAUCCAUCUCCAGCGGUUAGACAUACGCAAGAUGAUGAGUGGCCGCUGCCUCCUCCACCAGUGACCCUCCAGGAGACCCCGCAGGUGCAGCCACUCCCACCACCACAUCCUCCAGGUCUGAUGGAGGAACUCAGAGAACGGCUGCAACGUCUGGAAGCAUGUCUGUCACCAGCUCCAUCCGUGACAUCUGAGGCUCAUCAAUAUGACAAUGUGGCAAGGGGUCCACUGCACUACAUAGCACAGAGAGGAUUUACAGAGGUCCAAAACCUUCCAUCCCCAAGUUCACGCGAGAUGACCCCAGGGAGUUUGCCAGGUUGAGGCUGGCAUUGGAGAACAUCCUACCUGCAGAUGCUACUGAACGAUUUAAAUACCAAAUACUGUGUGACCACUUAAAAUUUGAAGAUGCUCUUCUAAUUGCUGAUUCUUACUGCCAUUCAUCACAUCCCUAUUCCGAUACUAUGGCCUCUCUGAUUAAGAGCUACGGUCAGCCCCACCAGCUCUCACUACAGCGGAUUUCAGAGCUAAUGGAGGAGCCCAGCAUCAAAGCA